GUCGCGUGCGCCUUGGUCUUCUUGCUGCAUUGUGCCCCCGCCGCUGCUGGCAGAGCCAGGACGCUCCUCUCUCUCUCCUCUCUCUCUCUGCGUCAAACAACUAGCUGGAAGGCAAAGUGCGAUCAGGACGAGCUGCAACUGCCUCGGUCAGCUCCGGCUGCGCCUUGCCCAGCGCUCAGCAGGCAGGCACGUCUGAGCCGGGUUCUGCCCUCCAGCAGCAGCUCCCCCUCUUCCUCCUCCAGCUGAUCGAGGCUCGGUAGCUGCACGGUUUCAACAAGAUGGCGGGAUCGGUGGCAGAAAGGGACGCGGUGAAAAUAGAGGAUGGGCAUUUAAACAACUCCUUGGGAUCCCCGGUGCAAGCAGAAGUGUAUUUUCCACGACUGAUUGUCCCAUUCUGUGGGCACAUCAAAGGAGGAAUGAGGCCAGGCAAGAAGAUCUUAGUAAUGGGCAUCGUGGAUCUCAACCCAGAGAGUUUUGACAUCAGUCUCACGUGUGGGGACUCGGAGGACCCUCCUGCUGACGUAGCUAUUGAACUGAAAGUCAUAUUCCCGGACAGACAGUUCCUCAGGAAUUCUUGCGUAUCUGGCGAAUGGGGAGAAGAACAGUCAUCUCUUCCUUACUUCCCCUUUAUCCCAGACCAGCCCUUUAGGGUUGAAAUUCUUUGUGAGCACCCUCGUUUUAGAAUAUUCGUGGAUGGACACCAGCUUUUUGAUUUUUACCAUCGUAUUGAGAAGUUGUCAGCUAUUGAUACGAUAAAGAUCAAUGGAGAUCUUCAACUUACUAAACUUGGUUGACCUAGUUUUUGAUUAAAGGAAAAAACCAAGAAAAAGAUAGAAACCAAAAUUUUAGAUUCCAUAUUGGCUCAGGUGCCAUCAACAUCUGCCUGAAGGAGCAGUGACAAUGACAGCUGGGCACCUCCUUCAUAGCCAGCAUCACAGUUUUGUUCCUAUAAGCUGUAAAGAACAUGUUGAUGAACUGAAAUGCUGUUUAUGCUAAUGAAGAAAGAGAUUGAUGAUGAAUAGAUACUGAGCCAUCCGCCCCAUCCUUUGGAACUUAAAAGUCUACCCCUGCUGGAUAAUCAAAUGAUAAUGGAUUCCGAAAGAGCUAUUUCAUUGUCUAAAUUGCAGACGAUAUUCAUCUUCCCAAUGAAAGGGCAAUCUUUGAAACCAAGUGCUAAAUCUGUUCCUAAAUAGCAAGAAAAAAGUUUUCUUUUGCAAAUGUUGCUCUGCACUUAAGUGGAUUAGUGUAAAUGUAACACAGAUCACAAGAGAUGACCAAAUAUUUAAGUCAUUAUUCAGUGCCUAAUGGCAGAAUCAUUAGAAUUAAUGGCAAAAGUCCCAUGGACUCUAAUGGCGUAUGGUUAGCUGAACACAAUCACUGCAGUCCAGUGCAUUGUUCAACACGUGCCCCACUGAAUCAAGGGUGCUUGGGUAUGCUUACCUGUGUACUGGAUUGUGGCCGUUUGCUAAUGUUUUGCCGUGCCAAGCAAGGGGUUCUUUAGAAACUGAGAAAUGGCUUCUGGAUUUGGCCUGCAUAUUUUAGUCAGGGUAUUUGCAUAGAAUGUAGGUCAUUAAAUGUUUUGCACAAUGUAAUAUUAAUACAAUUUAAAAAGCUUUCUUCUAGUUUAUUUAUUGAUGCUCAUUGUGUUAAUGUGUUAACAGUAAAACUGAACAAUAUUAGUGAGAUUUAAGAGCUGCAAAGUAUAAACUUUCUGAAUGUACGAAUGUUCUUUGGGCAAACAUUAACAUAUCAUUUUUGGAGCUCCAACCUCUUGUCUUUGGACAGUUGGCAUUCUUACGAUGCCCUCACAAUUAACAAAAGUUUGUUCAUGUCCUUCACCAGAAAUUGCUUUGAAGAGUGCUAUAACUGCUGUAAAUUGUAGGUCAAAACUAAUGGUUUUUUGAGCGGGGAGGAACCCAUUUACAUAGGAUUUUCUAGGUUUAUUGGUACACUUAGAGCUUGAGAAUAUAAUUGUCUUUUUUGCAGCCAACUAGCCCUUUUGUGGCUACUGUCCUGGUUAGUGUAGAGAGUGAAAUUCUCAGUACAUCCAAGGAUUCUCACCACAUCCUUUAUAACCAAAACAGUUAAUAAUGUAGGAAAAUCAGAUACCUCCACACAAAUAAUAGCUUUUAGUUGUGGCCGUAACUGCACUAUCUCUGUAAUUACACUGCACAAUGAAUGAACACAGUGACUUUUCAUAGGUUCUUUAGGACUACGUUUGAUUUUGGACCCUUGGACAGUGUUUCACAGAAGGCUGUAACAGGACACAUUUGGAUGUUAUAGUCCGAGGAAAAGACUUGUAUUUAUGUUAUUUUUAAAACUUGUAUUAUAGGUGACUUUAAAAAACAUUUAUUAUGGAGA